ACCCUCUCGCACCACCCCCCCCCCCCCAGAGCACGGCGGAGACCCCAGCCGACGUGGAGGAGGGCGAGGACUCGGCCGCCUUCCCCUUCCCGUCCCAGGGCCUGGUGGAGGGGCCCGAGGGCCCCGUGCCAGAGGCUCUGGAGGGGGACAUGGGGGCCAAGGGGACCCUGCAGAGCCCCCCGGCCACACGCUACAGCGAGGACCCCACUGGGCUGUCGGGUGACGAGAGCGAGGGCCUGGACCCCGAGGGCUUCCUCCCCCCAGCCUCCUGCACCACCAUGCCAGAGUACGUGAACCAGGCCGGGGAGCGGCUGUCCCCCCCCCGGCACCCCCGCACGCCACCGUCCCCGCUGGACAAGCCCAAGGGCCACCAGGGCAAGAACGGGCUCAUCAAGGACACCAAGCAUCCCUUCCCGGGGCCCUUCGGCCGCGCCGUGGAGAACCCCGAGUACCUGACCCCCCCCGGGCUGCCAGCCCCCGGCCCCUUCAGCCAGGCCUUCGACAAUCCCUACUACUGGAACCAGGACCCCCCGAAAACCGGCGGCCCCGAGGGCGGCCCCGUCUCCACGCCGGCGGCCGAGAACCCCGAGUACCUGGGCCUGGCCGAGCCCUCCGUGCGGCCCGAGGACGCGGCCGUGUAGGGCCGGGCCACCGACAGAGCCACCCCCCCACCCCCCCCCAAAGGCCGAGGUAGCUUUGGGGGGGGGGCAAGCGACGGACACGGAUCCGGGAUCAUCCGUCCCCUCCGCACGGGGACCCUGCGCCGCAGGGAGAGCCCAGGACGCUGUGGGACAGCACGGCGGCGGCACGUGGGGGACCUUGGGUCACCCCCGGUGCCUCCCAGCCCCCCCAGAGGGACCCCAAAAGCCCCCAACCCCCCCAAGCUGGAGCUGGGGGCUCAGGACAGCGCUGAGGCUGCAGAGCUCGGAAGCCCGCGGGGGGGGCUCCUCGAGGGACGAGGAAGCCGGGGGCUGAGCGGGGCCGGGGGCUCGCAGCGCCGAAAACGGGAGCACCGCGAGCACCGUCCCACCCCAACGCUGCUCGGGGCCAGGCUGCCCCCGUCCCGAAGGCUCCUCCAACCCCAAAACCGCGGCCCCACGGCCCCAACCGACUUGCACUGAGAGCGGGCGGGCACCGGACCCCCCCGGGCUCCUGCUGGAUUCCUGUGAAGCGACGGCGGCACCCGCGGCUGUACAUUUGAGAAUUGUACAUGGGUUGUUUUUUUUUUUUGUUUUGUUUUUUUAACGCCGCUUGUCCGUGUGGUUCUGCCCCCAGCUCCGUCUGCAGCUGCCACCCCCCCCCCCCCAAGGAGGCAGCGCCGGGGGGGGGGGGGGAAAUCCCCCCGAUCCCCCCCCCAAGGGCUGGGACAAGGCCGGGGGCAGCCAGGCCCUGCUCUGAGCCCGCUGUCACUGCCCGCAGCCCCCCCCCCAAGCGACACGGGGGAAGAGGGGCCGCGUUCUCCUCCGUCCUUUAUUCAGCCCCAGGCUGGGGGGGGGGGGCGGGCGGGGGGGUUUAUACACAGUAUAGAAUAAAUAGGGGGCCACGGGGGGGGGUCCCACCUCGGCUCGGCCGCCCCGUGGCACUGCACGGAGCCGUGACGUGGGGAGGGCGAGGGCCUGGGAACGGGGCUGGGGGGGGGGGGGGGGGGGCUCGUUAAACGGACCCCCGGGCUGUGGGGACGGAGCCAGGCGGGGGUUCCCAUGCCCACCACCCCCCCCCCCCCGCCGCCCUCGCGCCUGUUUAAUCAGUGACCGAGAGGCUUUAAUCAUUAACGAGCUGCUCUCGGCUCCACGGCGUGAGGCUCCCUCCGCGUCCACCUCCGGGGAGCUCCGGAGCUGCCGAGCCCCCUGCGAUGCCACGGGCUGGGCGUUCGCCAGCCCCACGACAUGGGGGGGGGGGGGGGCUGCGGAAUUGCCCCCACGCCCCCAGGGACUGAGGAGGGGAGAGCUCCCCCCCCCCC